UGGCAGGGCGUCUCUCCCGGGCCGUGUCGCAUGCACUGUCAGUUUCGCUCGGAUAUUCGGUACACGAGUUUCAUCGCGCCCUGUGCCCGCGAUAGUCGCGCACCCCGUUUCGAACGCAACGAACCCUCUCUCUUUCUCUUUCUAUAUAUACACACACACGCGCACGCACGUUCGCCUUUUUUCGUUCGCGUGUAAAGCACGAAAUUAGAUGGUCGUUUCCUCGGUUCGUUUCAAUUUCAUUCGCGCUCUGGUUGACAGAGAAACGGGCCUCUAUUCGAGCGCGAGAUUGUCCCCCGAUCUCGUUGUCUGUCACGACAGAGGAACGAAAUCGCUGGAAUAGUUCGAUUUGCAUAAUAGAAUAUAUUUGACAAGGAAGCGAGACAGUGUGGAUCCGUUCAUCAGAUGAAUAUAGUUCCCAGUCGUUUUCCUGUUUCAAAGAACGCAAGAAAAGGAAUAGGGAUCAUCGAGAGAAAAGGGAUCGUCGUCGUAUCGCUGGUCAAUUAAGCAGUUCACGGAUAAAGGCAUGUAGCGGGAAGACACGGGAGGUGGAGAAGCGGGACGAACGAUUAUGGGGAAGAAGUAUCGAGGGCGAUUUCUAUGCAUGUCAACGCUUAGAUCGCGAAUAGCAGAGACAUAAUGGCGACGUCGAGUGAAAAAGCGACGGAAAAUCGACUGCUUAUCGAUUCGUCCGAUACGUACUGUCGUCCGCGAUUUUGAUUUCCACGCGGCCGUUCUUCGCGACAUGCUGUAUAGAACGCUUGAUUCCGGAUUAUCGCACCACCACGUCAGGGGAAGAUCGACGCUCCGCGGAUGGGAUCGGUCGGGAAUAAUUGAUAAGUGAAAGUCGCCGAGAGGGAAAGAGAAAAAACGCGAUUGCGAGAUAGAACACGGGCAAAAUCCUUUUGUCUCUCGUUUCAUCGCCUCUCAAUCCACCCACGCUCUCCUCCCCCGGACCGCUCUGUGUCUGUCAGUGAAAACCGGAGGAAUUGUGGUGAAUUUUUUUUUUCGAAAACGCGACGGUUAUAUCGAGCGACAUCGUGGAUCGACUAUGAGAGAGAGAAACAAAAAAUGAAGGGUUUAUUUUUUGCCCUGAGUCUAUUGUUUUCGGUGCAAGGACUCGCCCGGAGUACGUCCGAUCACGAGAUGCACGAGAACAGGGUGCUGGAGCCGCUUGACCGUGGACCUUACUUCGACGUCUCGGCAUCGAGGAACGUUACCGCACUGGUUGGCAAAACGGCUACCCUCAGGUGUCGCGUACGGAAUCUGGGCGAUCGCACGGUUUCCUGGGUCAGGCACAGGGAUAUUCAUCUGUUGACCGUCGGCGUUGAAACUUACACGUCCGACCAAAGAUUCGUUGCAUCCCACUUCCCCGGGACCGAGGACUGGACGCUGCAAGUGAAAUACCCACAGCGUCGUGACUCCGGAAUCUACGAGUGUCAAGUGUCAACGACUCCGCCGAUCGGUCAUUCCAUGCAUCUAUCCGUCGUCGAGCCUAUCACGUCGAUCGUCGGGGAACCAGAAAUGUACAUAAACAAGGACAGCACCAUGAAUCUCACUUGCGUGGUACGUCACAGUCCCGAGCCACCGACCGCCAUUUAUUGGACCCACGAUGACGAGGUGAUCAACUACGACAGUCCUAGGGGCGGUGUAUCGGUGAUCACCGAGAAAGGAGAAGUAACUACGUCGUAUCUCCUGGUGCAGCGAGCACAGCCAGCGGAUAGCGGCGAGUAUACCUGCCAUCCGAGUAACGCUAACACAAAGACUGUCCUGGUGCACGUACUUAAUGGGGAACAUCCAGCGGCGAUGCAACAUGGUGGCCAACUGAGGCUGGCGAAUCUGCCGUUCGUAAUGAUCUCGACGACCAUGCUGGCUUUCCUGAAUCAUCGUUAUUGAGCCGGGCUCUCCGCAGCGAGAACACGAAAUCCUCGUUUCGGAUAUUCAUCGAUUUAAUUAAAACGGCAUUGGUAGCCGCUCACCGAAAAUCGUCUAAGGAUAAACGCACGUAGAAAACGACUGCUCUAAUAAAAGUGAGGUGACAACUAGCUUGAAAGUAUACGAAGAUCCGUGUUAGGAAAAUGUCUACGUACGAGAUGAAACGGGACAGUGAUCUCAUAUUGGAUCGGAAACGCGAGAAGAAGCAUCUGUGAGGGAAGACUGAAAACGAAGAAAAGAAUGAAAAAAAAGGUGAAGGUGAAAUCGGACCAUAUUGCGGCACAACUGGUGCUGAAUGUAUUAUAAGAAAAGUAGUCUGUUGUAACGAAGUAAAAUAAAACUCGACGUAUAGGAUGUUCCAGGACGAUCGUUUCAUGAGCGAAACAAAAAAAGGAUGGAGUUGAUAAUAUGAAAAGUAGAACUUUUUAUAUGAAUUUCACACUGCAAUGGAUAUUGACCUCGUUAGUCUAUAUAUAUAUAUAUAUAUAUACAUAUAUAUAUAUAUGUUAUUCUUGGCUUUGAUAUUUUAACCCACAUGUAAAACUAUGCUAAUAAAAUUUUGGAAUUGGUAAAACGAAAUUGGCUCUCCUCAUAUAAAUUCACUUUCACCCUAGAAGCUACUCUAAGGAAUCUAUGAACGUUGGACAUUAACUAUUCAACUACGGAACAUCCUAUACUUAAGAAGAAUAUAAAAAGUAAAUUAUCGAUGGUAACAAUAUAGUUCGUUGAGGACGAAUUGUUUUACGCUGAAGGAAGUAUGAUUUAAUUUGCUGUGUUACAGUUAUAAGACAAUACACACAUGGUACUCGCCAAAAUGUACGAAUUACUGUUGAAAUGCGACUAAGAUUUUUAAUUAUUCCGUUGUAAACGUUUGUCGUGUUACGGCGUACAUAUAAGCUAUGUUAUACAUACUGCCUACUCCGCGAAGCGCGAGGAGGCAAUAGGAAAGAUUUGUUUGAUUCGCGACAAAAGAGGAAAUGCGGGAAUCGUCUUCGAUGUGUAAAUUGAGAAUCCGGAUUAAAGGCGCGAAAUAAAUCUGGAUUAUCUUCGAAUUCGAUCUAGUUGUUCGACGAAUCGUAACUUCGAGUCGGGAUAAAAAAUAUUUCAUUCUGAAAACAAAAAAGACAUGAAUAACAGAGAAGUGGCGAUAUUUGCAAUUGUUACUUUAUUCUUUUUUACUGCUAUUGUGUUUCGUUUCAUCUGACAGAAUUAUGUCGACUAUCUAACGACAAAUGGAAAUCUCCAAAUGGAUAUCAGCGGACUACAUUCGCGUUAGAGAAAAAAAUUCGAUAGAAAGAAUAAUUGGAUUAGUGGUAUUGAAAUCGAUACGCCAUCAAAUCUGCGUAUUAAAUUGCUUCAUCUUAAUUAAUAUCUUUCCUGGAAAUAAUCGAUAAUGAAGUGCUUUCUGGAGAAACUGAACGGAAUUUCUAGAGAAUGUAGUCACGACUGAUUAAUAGACGGUUAAACCGAAACGAUGUCAGCGAUAACAAACCGGUCCGUUUCAGCAGGACAGUAAAUGUCAAACUCAAAACGUGAAAAACUAAUCGACUAGCGUAAUGAUAAAACUGCACUUUUGAGUUCCACAUUUGCUUGUUCUGCAAAAAUAUUCUCGAUAACGUCACGUCAUACGAUCCACAUUUGUUUGGGCAUCCGAGCUCAGGGUAUCCUUCCAUUUCCGACGGUGUAGAGUCGCAAUUUAUAUAAAGUGUUCAACGUAUAUUAGUGCAUUUCGUAAUUGGUGUAAAAUACAUACGCGCAUGUACGCACACACACAGAAAGAAUAAGUAAAGUUCAUAAUAAGAACAACCCUCUCGAUUUUGUCUUCUUCGAGAAGAAAUUUCAUUUUAGUAAAACAACUGUAUCCAAAACUCCAGAGGUAGACUUGGUAAUUUGAUUACUUUUGACAAGGGUCAUUUUUGUUAUGAACUCAAUUGUUAGAAUGGCAAACUUUACCCACACAGAACCGUAAAAGUUGGACCUACGAAAGUUUGCUACCAACCGACUAAUUUUCGUCUAUCGUUAAGCGAAUCAUGAAGUCGAACUUGAUGAAAGAAGGAUCGGACACGUGGACUCAAAAUUGAGAUCAUUCUAAUUGGACCAGUAUAACGACUGUUGUAUUUUAUUUAGUUAUAGUAACUUCCCGAUGAGCAUCGGUUACGCGCGUGCAUUGUUAAAACCAAAGUUUCUCUUCGUAAUCAUCAACGCGUGAAUCUGGAUGGAUGUGAUUAAAAGGGAUACGGAUGAAUGAAUAGAACAAGUGAAUAAUAUUCCAAUAAUCAAAUUAAGGGAAAUCGAUUCUAUAACGGUUACACAUGUUCAAAGAUUAACUGCAAACGUAGUUUAAUCGCGUUAUUACACGAAACCGCAGUUUCUGUUAUAGCUGUAAAAUGAUUUAUGAUUUGAACCGCAAUAUACAAUGAUGAUUCUUUUAUGUA